GAAGACGUGUGGCGUGCGGCAAGAGAUGGGCCGGCCCAGCUGAUCAGCGCGUGAGCGAGCCCGGUAGACCAACCUUGCGUCUCUCUCUCCUCUUCCUUCCUCCCAGAAUCAGUCUUGCCCACCCCCAUCUUCCUCCCACGCGAAGCAAAAGCAACACGCCGACGCGGACGCCGGCCGGCGAGAUUGCUUUUGCGCGAUGAGCUGGAGAAUUCCUCUUUUCGGCUCUCAGCAGCAACAGCAGCAGCAACAACCAGAACCAAAUUUCCAGAACAUAUCUACGCAAUCUUGGUACCCUCCCUCGGUAGGUGGUUCAUCUUCACAUCCAUCCACACCCAGCUCUUCCGGUGCUAGUCCACACCAAAGAGCUUCAGAUCAUCCUCAGCCUUCAUCACGUGGCCAACCGUCUCCAGCUGAAGCUGCAGGGAUAAUUGCUCGUUUGAGGGAUAAGAGUGUUGAUGAGCUGCAGAGGCUGUUAAAGGACAAAGAGUCAUAUAAUGCUUUUUUCAAUUCACUUGACCAAGUUAAAACACAGAACAAUUUACGCGAUGAGCUUAGAAAGGAGACCCUGCAGCUUGCGAGAGAAAAUUUAGAAAAGGAGCAGCGGAUUUCAGAGCUCAGGAAUCAGUGUACUAUAAUCAGAACCACAGAGCUAGCUGCCGCUGAGGACAGGUUGGCCGAGUUGGAAAGGCAAAAGGACGAGAUUAUGAAGUCCUAUUCUCCUGCUGCGCUGCUCGACAAGCUGCAAAGUACAAUGGCGAAGCUGGACGAGGAGUCGGAGGAGCUGCACCAAAAGUUCCUGGAGAAGGACGUUGACCUGCCGACCUUCGUGCAGAAGUACAAGAAGCUCCGUGCUGCACACCACAAGUGUGCGCUGCUCCACCUCUCCGGCAAGGCCUCGCUUUGCUGAUACAUCUAUCGAUUCAUUCAUCGUCUGUCGUGGCAUCACUGCUCUGUUGUAUCCCGUUCCUUGCCCCGUUUUUGACUGCAGACAUCAGACUGAGGUCGCAUGUAUAGUCUUGUGGCUGACUUCACGGGCAUAAUUACAGUCUGCUAUGUGUGAUUGGUUUAUGCUGAAUGCCAUGGUUGUGGAGUCAGGAGAACAAGCUGAGCUCUUCUUUUAUAUAUUUAUUAUUCACGUAAA